AUGGCGGAGGCGGAGGUCGAGACGGAGCCGCCGGCGCCGGCGCCGCCGUCGCGAAUGGGCGAAUGCCAAGUGUGCGAGGGCGAGGAGAAAAAUCCCGGGAAGUACCGAUGCCCGAGGUGCGGAACCGUCACCUGCGGGCUCGCGUGCUCGAAAGCGCACAAGACGAGAGGGGAAGGAUGCAACGGCAAGCGCGACCGCGCGGCGUUCAAGGACAUCAGAGAGUUCUCGGACGCGGACGUCGUGAGCGACUACCGAUUCUUAGAGGAGACGCUCUUGGAGAAGGACCGCGCGAAGCGAUGGCGGCCGCAGUACGCGGACGGCUCGGACGCGGCGGCGAGGUCCGAGCGCGCGCCCGCGUCGCGAAAAGUCAUCGCGCUGUUGACGCAGCAGGCGAAAGCGCGAGGGACGACGCUGCUGUGCAUGCCCGACGGCAUGGCUCGCCGCGUCGCGAACACGACGUUCUACGACAGACGACGCGACGUCCUGCAGUGGCGCGUGGAGUGGCUGUUCCACGGCAUCAGCAGCGCGAGCGCGGUCGAGAUCCCGGACGCGAACGACGACGCGGACGCGGACGCGGCGGCGGACGCGGUGGCGGCGGCGGCGGCGGCGGCGGCGAAAGCCGUGGACGAGAAAGUCGACGACACCACGACGAUCGCUGCCGCGCUGCGCAGACACUUCGAGCAAGGCCCCGGAAGGGCCGCGAGGCUGCACCAGCUCAGGCGGUUCACGGACGCGCUGAAGGCGUUGGAUAAAGGCGACGGCGGCGGCGCGUCGAUUUGCGUGUAUUUCGAAAAGCACGGGUGCCCCGCGAACGCGAAGCGAUAUCACAGGCUGUCGUUGGAGAACACGUUCAAGGAGAACCUCGCGGGGAAGAACGUUUUAGAGUUUCCGACGCUGCACGUCGCGGUGCUGCCCGCGGACGCGGGAAAGUUUCUAGAGCCGGAGGAGGAAACGUAGUCUUGAAGCGUCGUUCGUCGCAGGGCUAUUUCU